UAGGAGGGGUUAGGGGAGGUCCUGAAAAAAUACAACUCGACUACUUGCUGCUGCCCGGAACUUUUCAUGUAAAUCUACGGAGAAAGUGGACCUGCAGUUCAAAAGGGCUUGGAGCUGCGAGGCAGAAGGGAUGGACACAGAGCUCAGAAGCCUGGCAAACCACGCAUUCUACAGCAGUGUGUGCUUGUGCUGAUCUGAAAGGACUGGCAAUGCACCUACACUAAAAAAAAAACAAAACAAAAUAAAACAACAACUUAAUUUGCUACAUAUAUAUUUUUUAACAUUUGUAGAAUAAUUUUUUUUUUUUUUUUUUUGGUUUAGCUUUGCCUGCGGGGUCGACAGGCAUUGCAAACUUCCCAUAACUUUUUGUUUGUUUUGUUUAGUUUUUUUUUAUUUUUCUAUGUUGUUUUUCUCUUUAAGCCUUUUUGCUUCUCAAACCGGUGCUGGAGUCCGAGAGUGCUUGAGAGUUUCUGACCACUGAACCCGUGUGAUUUACACUGGGGGUCCAGAGACACAAGUGAGAUGACACAUUUUACACAAGCACUAUAUGCAGCUCAGCCAGGGCAACCAGGAAUUUAAAAGGAACCUAAAGGAAGACAUAUCUGGCUAGCUCAAGAAGAACACAACGCACCCCCUCCGUCCAGCUCACACCAUGAAGGUACCAGUGACGGCCAUCCUUUUCCUGCUCUUCGCUGACCUCGCAGCCCUGACUGGCAAAGCCAAGGAGUUUGACAGCAGUGAUGAGAGAAUGGAGGCGGAAUUUAUUUCCACUAACAGAUACAGGAGAGACACAGACUCUCAGCAGGAGAGCAAAUGCUCUUACACUUUCAUUGUGCCGCAGCAGAAAGUGACGGGGGCCAUCUGCGUGAACUCCAAAGAGCCGGACGCGAUCCUGGAAAACCGGGUGAGCAAGCAGGAGCUGGGGCUGCUGAACAGCGAGCUCCUCAAGCAGAAGAGACAGAUCGAGACUCUGCAGCAGCUAGUGGAGGUGGACGGGGGCAUCGUCAACGAGGUCAAGCUGCUCCGGAAGGAGAGCCGCAACAUGAACUCCAGGGUUACCCAGCUGUACAUGCAGCUGCUCCACGAGAUCAUCAGGAAACGGGACAACGCGCUGGAGCUUUCCCAGCUGGAGAACAAGAUCCUGAACCAGACCACGGAGAUGCUGCAGCUCACCAACCGAUACAAGGACCUGGAGCACAAAUACCAGCACCUGGCUUCCUUGGCCAACAACCAGUCAGUGCUGAUCUCUCAGCUUGAGGAGCACUGCCAGAGAACACCCAUCCGACCCAUACCUCAACCUCCCCCCUCGCAGCCCAAGACCCCCCCGCAGCCCAAGAACCCCUAUCAGCCCCCCACCUACACCCGCAUCACCAACCAGAUCACCAAUGAGAUCCAGGGAGACCAGAACCUGAAGGACAGGGACGAAGCGCUGCCACCCCCCCUUCCCACCAUGCCCACCAUAACCGUCAGCCCGUCUUCUACGAACAAGCCCUCCGGGCCGUGGAAGGACUGUUUACAGGCACUGGAGGACGGCCACGACACCAGCGGCAUGUACCUGGUGAAGCCAGAGAACGCGAACCGGCUCAUGCAGGUGUGGUGUGACCAGAGACACGACCCGGGCGGGUGGAUAGUCAUCCAGAGGAGACAGGAUGGCGCCGUCAACUUCUUCAGGAACUGGGAGACUUACAAACAAGGGUUCGGGAACAUCGACGGAGAGUACUGGUUGGGUCUGGAGAACAUUUACUGGCUGACGAACCAGGGCAACUACAAGCUGCUCAUCACGCUGGAGGACUGGUCCGGGCGCAAGGUCUUCGCAGAGUACGCCAGCUUCAGGCUGGAGCCGGAGUCCGAGCACUACAAGCUGCGGCUGGGGCGCUACCAUGGCAACGCCGGAGACUCCUUCACCUGGCACAACGGGAAGCAGUUCACAACGCUGGACCGAGACCACGACGUGUACACUGGUAACUGUGCUCAUUACCAGAAGGGGGGCUGGUGGUACAAUGCCUGCGCUCAUUCCAACCUGAACGGGGUGUGGUACCGCGGGGGGCACUAUCGCAGCCGCUACCAGGACGGGGUUUACUGGGCCGAGUUCAGAGGAGGGUCUUACUCGCUGAAGAAAGUCAUCAUGAUGAUCCGACCCAACCCAAACACCUUCCACUAAAAAAAAAAAAGGAACAAGUGUUUUUUUUUUUUUUAAUGUUUGUUCAUUUGCCACCAGCCAAAAAAAAGUGCAAUUCUUGUAUUUGUGUAUAUUGUCUCUACAUUAUAAAACAAAUUUGUUUCUACUGGUUUACGUGCCAGUCAAGUGCAAUUGUUGGCAGAGGUUGUAAAAAAAAAAGGACAACUGACCGGUUUAAUUUAAAUUUCCCAGAACAAAACCUGGUUUGUUAAACUGCCGAUCUCUCAGCAGUUCAGCAGCAUUCCCAUUCAAAAAUAAACAGGAGAGCGCUGGGGAAGCUACUGGUCAGCUCCAUUACUGGGUGCUACUGGGAAACUGCGGAAACCAUUUGAAACCAGGUCUGUCUUCCUACUGAACUCUGCUGAAUGUUUCAUGGGGGGGUGUGGGGUUAUGACAUGGACAGCUAAUUAGUUGUAUAUUGCUUAAAAAACAAAAUAAACUGAAGGUGCUUUUUACCCUUAUUCAGUCGUUCAGCAAGACCUGGCUUCAUUCAUUCACCCUCUUAAAGUGUGCGAGUUUAAGACCAUAGUGCUUUACUGACAAUUCACAUUGCUAAGGAACAGCUAAAAAAAAUUUAAAAACUAAACUGCCUUUGUCAAAAUACUAUUUACUGCUUAUUAGUACACCAGACAUGAGCCAUACUACUGCUCUUAUAUUGCAGAUCUGUAUAAUAAUGCUUUAUAGAUGUUAUUUUGGAAAAAAAAAAUCAUUACGACACAGGAAGCUCUAUCCAGUGACUCAGUGUAAAACUUUUAGUAGGAAGCUAGUCUGAUUUUGCUUACGGCCAAUUGUAAUCCUGCCAGCGUCAAUACAAGGUUGAGUGUGGGAUGAUUAGACUUUAUUUAUUUGGUAUGGCAGACAUUCUUUGUAUUAUUAUUGUUAUUAUUAUUUACGGAGAUGAACCAGACAAGCUAUAAAAAGCACAAUUCAUCCACAUUAACUCUCGAAUCGUUAACCCUGCAGUUACUGCAGGACAGAGGAAGUCAUUGACCUUUUUAUAUUGCAGUACCAGAAGAGGAAACCCAUAAACUGAGGUUAAUUAGGCUGCAUACUGAAUCGUUCUUAUUCAGCAGUGCAUGCAAUGGAUCACAAAGGUCUUGCUGCAGUGUUUAUUUCUUUUAACUGACAUUACGUAGCACCCACCUGUCAUUUUUCUAUCGGCACUGUACUGCUUUACAAAAAAUGUAUACAAAACUAAAAUGCAAGGCUUCUAUGCAAGGCAACAUUGCACAAAAUCAAGUUUAUUAUUGAUCUGCACUUUUAAAAAGCAAUAUGCUGGCUAUGUUGUGGACUGAAAAACCGCACACAACAGAAACAUGCACGGCCUUCCCCCUUUAUUAGUACCUGUAACGCUGUUUUCCCUGAGCAGAUGUGCCAGAAAGUGUCUUUGAGGAAUGUUGAUCCAUUCAGUCAUUAAUACUUCAAGCAAACAGUGUAGAGAGGUAGGCAGCGUACAAAUUCACCCAAAGCAUGCUCUGCUGGAUUGAUUCUGUGGGUUGUGGAGGUAAUGGAAGCUGCCUGAUGUCUCCGUCAUGCUCCGUCAAACCAUUUGCUCACACUUCUGGCACAGUGGAUGGGAGCAUUAUCAUCUUGAAAGUAGCCAUUGUUAUCAGGAGCGAUGCCCAAUCAAAUCGGGUUGGUAAGGUAGCCAGGCGGUACAUGUUCCUGUACUAUCUCCCAUCAUUUGCUGCAUUCAAUGCCUGUAAAUGUGUGUUUUGUAAAGCCAGUAUUUUAAGUAACGUCGAAUGUCAGUGUGUAAGCCUCAAAUUAGGGUCACCUGCACUCAGUGAAUGACUUUAUAACUGACUUGCUCACAUUUUGCAGUCGUAAUAUUGCAGUAUUAUUCCUCGUUCUGUUCUUUCUGUGAGCUGUACAGUGUGGCUGAUACUUGACUUUUAAGUUAAGCAAAUGCUUUUGGAAAGCUGAUCGAAUUACAGCAAAAAAACCCCAAAAAAAACAGAUCUUUUGUAUCACACUUGUCCAAGCGAUUAGCUAUAUUAUACAUCUGGGAUGAACAGGAGUGUACUGUAUGAGUACUGUAUUAAUGAUAAUAUGUGUCUUUUCUGUACAUAAAAAGUAAUCUCAAAGUAUUUUUGUAUUAUAUCAAAACGCUCAUAUUUUGCUAGCCUGUUGCAAUAAACUUACCAUGUACAGCUUU